AAUGAUUUCACAACAAAAUGGCAGCGCCCAUACGCAGCGUGCAAAUCAUUGCUUCUUCCACCUGACAUCGCUGACUAAUUGACAGUAACUAUGAUGUUGGCACGGCUGUGUCUUCUUGCUGGCUCUGAGCCAUGCACAACCAUUCUGUGGAGAAAUCGUCACUUGAGUUCAAGAAAAUGCAGAUGGAGGUCUACUUCCCAUGGGAUAAAGGAUAAAACACCUCAAAGUGCAUCCCAUCUAGCUACGUGUAGUUUCAAUCCAAUCUUAACGCCAUGUAGACUAAUAUCUUCUGCAGCUCCCUUAUGGCAUGGUGUGAAUGACAUAAAGAGAAAACCGGUUAAACGACACCGUCAGCCUAUAAACGUAUCCAGCCUCCUCGAGAGUGUCUUUGAGACAAAGCUUAAGACUGACGACCCAUCGAGCAGUGACAAUAAGUAUGUCCAUCGGUACCCUAACUCAAACCCAAGAAGAAGGUUCCUCUCGGACUCAGUCGAGUAUAGGUCAUCAAGUCUUGAGGUCUUCAAACUCCAACAGCAGAGAUGCGACAAUGAAGAUCUUGAGAGGAUAAAAAACUUUGUGGACGAUUCUUCAAGGAAAAUCUCAUCUUACUCAUCAUCUGAGUUAAUGGAUAUUAUCAGCAGUUUAAGUCGAGCCCCGAUGAGCAAGAUUUCUUCAGAUUUCUUCAGUGUGGCUCUACUAGAUUUAUCCAGCUACGCAUGUAGUCAUGUUAGUGAUUGCACUCAAGAAGAAUUUGUCGAUAUCUUAGUUGCUUUGUACAAAAUGCACGCAGACGUGUCUCUUGAAGAGUUAGAAGCUAUUGAGAAAGAAUGCAUCAAGAGGCUUAAAUCGUUGAACGUGAAUACAACGCUUUUUGUCUCCGAUUGGUGGAUCAUCACGCGACGAAAGCCGACGACGUUUCAGAGAGAAGCGCUGAACACUCUGAGCUCCAAAGUAGAGAAUCUGACUUUACAAAACAUCAUUCAGGUGUUCUAUUUGAUAGGUGAGUGGCAAUUUGUGCCCUCUGAGGAUUUCUUUCAGAAACUGGCUGAUUUCGUGGAGCGACACAUAGAUAGUUUAUCCUGGAACGAGAUCGGGGUUAUCUGUAACGCAUUCUUGAAGUCCAGAUCACGUAUUCUAUCCCGAUCACUCCAGCAAGCCAUCAAGCCCAGAGUCUCGGAGGAACUCCAUAACAAUGACCUGGACCACUACAACCUCAUCUCAACCAUUCGCUUCUUCUCACGCUCCUACUUCCAUGACUGGAACCUCUUCGAGGACAUUGCUCGUAGCGUAACCCCGCGCAUCCAAGAAAUGGCAUUCCUUGGCCCGCCUCACAUAGCGGCCGCUUUUGCCAAAGUGCGGCAUUUCAACCAGCCCCUCAUGGACGCCAUCGCAGACCAGGCUUUCCAGACGGCUGACUACAUCCGCUUCAAGGACAUCUGGUUGCUACUCUGGGCGUUUUGCCGGCUCAAUUAUCAACCCGUGAAUUCCAAGCAAUUCUUUCAGGGUCUAAUUUAUCAGAUGCUGGGCAAACCAGAGCAAUUGUCUCAGCCGUUUCUAUUCUUGAAGAGUCUUGUAUCAUUGACAUUUAUUGAGCAAUAUCCGACCGCUCUGAUCGACCAAGCCUUCAGCUCUGAGUGUCUUCACAAUUGCAAAGAGAAAUGCCCCCCAGAAGUGCACAAGCUUCUGUAUGUCUUGGAUUGUUCAGUCGCCAUUGAACACCCGGAGUAUAGUGGAAAUCGCUUACCACAGGAAUUUAUCAAUAGAUUCUGGCAGAGUCCACAUGGCUCUACAAAGGAUGUGAUCAACAAGAUAGCAGGUCUAUCUGGAGUGAUGGAAGGAUUGCAAAGUAUUCUGGGAGGACCAGAGUAUCUUAAAGCCCAUCCAAUAUUGCCUCAUAUUAGGACACCCCUUGACAUUGAAGUGAAUCUAGAUAGCUCUUCUAAACCAAUCCGAAUGGAUUCAAUGUCAUCAGAAGUUUCUAGGCUAAACACUAUAACCGAGAUGCCAAAAGACGACAUUCAGAGGUUGGCAGUACUCUUUUCCCCCAAAGCCCAUUAUCGUCUUCGUUCAAGAGAUCUACUUGGUGUUCAUGUUAUGAAGAGACGACAGCUGAGGAAAAUAGGUUACAGAAUUGUGGAGAUACCAUUCUACGAGUGGAUUCCAUUAAUGAAGGCCUCCGAAGAAAACCGUCAGGACUACCUAAAAAAUCAAAUCUUCAUCUGAUGCCAGAGAUGAGAAAAACAA